GUCAUGGCUCCCAGUCUGUCGCAGGCGUACAGGAGGAGGUGGUGGAUGGCAAUCACAGCUGUCAUUGAGAAUCUGCUGUUUUCUGCUGUUCUGCUGGGCUGGGGCUCCCUGCUCAUCAUGCUGAAGAAUGAAGGCUUCUAUUCUCACCUCUGCAUAGAAAAUGAGACUAUCAGUAGUAAUGUGACUUCCUGGGAGAGUGGUGAGUGGCUGAGUUGCGUGGAGCAGGAAGAGAUGUUGAAUCUGGGCUUCACCAUUGGAUCUUUCCUGCUGAGUGCAGCCACUUUGCCCCUGGGGAUUUUGAUGGACAAAUACGGACCACGUCCUCUGAGGCUCAUCGGCAGUUCAUGUUUUGCAGCCUCCUGUGCGAUGAUAGCUUCAGCAGCAUACAACCCUGAAGUGCUGUCCCCCCUCAUCUUCAUCGCUGUCUCCUUCAACGGUUUUGGAGGAAUCUGCCUAACCUUCACCUCACUCACACUGCCUAACAUGUUCGGGAAUGUACGUUCAACCAUCCUUUCUGUGAUGAUUGGUUCCUACGCCUCCUCGGCAGUCACCUUCCCCGGUGUCAAGCUGGUCUAUGACCUGGGUGUGUCAUUCCGUAUCAUCAUGUGGGUUUGGUCUGGUAUGGCCUGCAUGGUCUUCCUCAACUGCUUCCUCAACUGGCCUGCUGAAUCCUUCCCUGCCCCUGAAGACGUCCGAUACACUAAAAAGGUGAAGCUGAGUGGGGUAGUGACGGAGGACAAGAUAACUGGGGACAGGCUCAUGACCCAUGUGAGUGCCACUGAGGACACGAUAGAGGCCAAGCAGACUGAAUCUGAGGAACCAAGUUCCCCCAGCACACCCCAGGGCUCAGUGUCACUCUGUCAGUCCGUGUGCUCUCCCAUCUUCCUGUGGAGUCUUAUCACCAUGGCGAUGACCCAGCUGAGGCUGAUUUUCUUCAUGGGGGCCAUGAACAAGAUGAUCGAGUUCAUGGUCACCUACGGUGAUCCGCACCCUUCUGUGGAGCUGGAGAAGGAGGCAGAGGAGAAAGUUGGCUUCUACUCAUCUAUCUUUGGUACACUGCAACUGCUGUGCCUCCUGACCUGUCCUCUGAUUGGCUACAUCAUGGAUUGGAAGAUGAAAGAGUGUGAGGAUGAAAAGGCUACAACACAUGCAGAGAAGAGCCAAUCAGCUCCCUCAAAGAGAGACAGAAGGAUCCAGAAGCUGACCAAUGCUAUGAGAGCUUUCAUCUUCACCAAUCUCCUACUGGUCACUUUUGGAAUCAUUUCCUUGAUUGACAACCUGCCCCUACAGUUGGUGUCAUUUGUUCUCCAUACCAUAGUCAGAGGGUUCAUCCACUCUUGCUGUGGAGGUCUCUAUGCCGCUGUGUAUCCAGCCAACCAUUUCGGGACACUGACAGGCUUGCAGUCGAUGAUCAGCGCUGUGUUCGCUCUGCUCCAGCAACCACUGUUCAUACUGAUGGUGGGGCACCUCAGAGGAAACCCUUACUGGAUCAAUUUUGGCCUGCUCAUCUUCUCAUUGGCUGGUUUCCUGUUGCCGGGUUACCUGUUCUACCACCGUAGAAACCUGAUCAGGAAAAAGACAGAGCGUGACAGGCAGGCUGCAAACCAAUCAGUGAAAGACGGAGUUCCUCUAACCCAGUCGGAGAGUGAAAAUGCUAAAUACCCGGUCAAUGGGCACGCUGCUAAUGGACACGCUGCAAAGGGACACACAGCAAAUGGGCAAGUUGCCUAG